AGAAGUCGGAACAUCAAGUCUAAAUUUAGCUGCGACACAAUAAUAUCCGGUAAUGAUUUCUUCACGAUGCCAAUUUGUGAAACGUGUGAUGGCGAAGAUUAUGAAGAAAUUGAUGGGUUUUUCUAUUGUACAACUUGUCAAACACAAUCUCAGGCCUUUCAAGUAGAGGAGUUUGAGGAUGAAUUCAAUGUUCCACGAUCAAAGACGUUGGAGAUUAAACCAUCUAAAGGCCAGUCUAUAACAAACGAGGAAAAGAGAGAUGGAAGAAAAUGUAAAGAUACCGGUCGUCCCUGGCACACUUAUGAAGCUUUUCAAAAAAUCAUCAAAGAACAGGUUAAAUCCCUAAUAGACCUUGGUGCAGAUCCUACAUUAAAAAAUGUCGUUUUUAAAUUAUGGUGUCGAUAUCUCUCCAUCACUGGAAUAGCUUUCCCAGAGGAUCAAGACAAACAGAGACGAAUGUUUGCAGGUUACCAAAGACAGAGAGAAGUACAUCCCGCCACCAUAAAAUGCCCUAUCAUUGCUCCAGUAAAAUACAGAUUAACUCAUCUCCAGAAAUUUGGGUUGUCUGUGAAGAAAUCAAAAAAGAAACAAGAGAAACAGGAGAUGAUGGAGGCCCUAAAAGAUGAGGAGUUCUAUGAGGGAGAUAACCCUCUAGAGGACGAUUCCUCAGUCUCCUCAAUCAUCGAGGAGGAGGAUGCAGAGGAUUAUGUUAGGACCGCAGAAAACAGAAGCAACAUGAUUCAAGAGGACAGCGUAAGAAAGAACAUUCAGUGGAUGGGAAUGAACAGGACUUUGGGCUUUUGUUUACUCGGUUUGAGGAAAAUGAAGUGUAUGGUCACAGCUUCAGAUAUUGUCAGGUGGGUCAAACAAGGGAUCAUACCUUAUCUGCAAGCCACCAGGACUCUGCCACACGAUAUGAAAUUUUCCUCCUGCGACAACAAAACUUUCACUACAAAGGUGCCUACUGUGGAAGAAAUAUACAAAACAGCUCAAAGACUGCUAGAAUUCCUUCGUGUAGACGAUAUCAUGAUAUUAGUCCCGACGUCCAUCCUGAUCAGCAAGUUUAUAGUUCUUCUAAAUCUACCAGCUGAACUCCAUAGCUUUGUUCAGCGAUUACAUCUCAUGAGAGCUGACCACAUUGAUGAGAACGGGGAGAAGUGUAGUGAAAACAACGAGAUCAUCGCUAUGACAUGUAUUAUUAUGACUCUUCAACUGCUGCUGGGACUGAAUGACAGGAUGGAAUGGGAACUUUCAAAAUGUGCAAAAGAGUUAAUGGAGUUACCAGGGUUUGAUCACACUCUGUUUUGCUGGGAGCAGUGGGUGUCUUACACAAGUCUACACAAACUAAACGGGACAUAUUCCAAUGUGCUCACUAACCAAUUUGACCCAAGAUCAGUUAAGGAUGUACAGAGUUAUGUAAAGGAAGUGAAAUCUUUGAAGCUGAAUGUCAGGAAGAUGUCCAAAGAUACAAGAAGCCGUACUGAAAACAAAAUAGAACAGGAAGACACUGUAGCAGCCAUUAGGAGGCCGAUCUACUUACUGGACGAAGAAAUUCAAAAGCAUUGUCCGAAGAAAUCCAAACCACUGAGUGACAAGGAUCUCCUGUUUUCAAAGUACUGCGAGGAGGAUCCACUCGGAUAUGUGAUGGGGGCAUACGACGACGGAAUCGGGGAAAACGCUGAACAAGAGAAUGUGUCAUUUAAAUCCUACAGUCUGAAGUACAUCACUCAGCCCAGAUCGUUUGUCAAAGAACUAGAAAAUUGUGGUUUAGAUGACAGCACUAUCAACAGUUCCCUCUUGGAAAGCUCUGAUGAGGAACUCCAGGAAGACUUUGAGAAUGAUCCCUACCAUGAGAAUUCCAAAGAAUUCUCCGAGAUAUGGAAGAGGAAACAAAGGGAAGAAAAAUCAGAAAUGAGGCAGAAAUUGUCAACAAUAAUUAAUCUUGGCAAGUCAAGAAGCAGAAAAUUUGAUAUGCAAAAAUUAUCAAACAUUUCAGACCUUGUGAUGAGUGUGCAAGAAAGUUUUCCAUUGGUUGAUCCGAUGCAUAUACUAAUCAAUCAGAGUGCUUCUCUUCAGUGGUUAAUACAAGUCUGUGCAGAAGUUAUUCAGUGUUCGUUAGAAAGUCUCAGAUCUGAACUGGUGAAAUUCCAGACUUCAAUGUUUGAUACAGAGGAAUCUAAUGCAAAUCGUAGGGACUUCCUGCAGAAUAUUGCAAAUCAGUAAUGGCCCGGGUUGUUUGAAAUACAUGUAAUAAAAUUGUGCAAGAAUUAUUCAUUGAGAAACAUUGUUAAAGUAGCACGUUUUCUUUAUAAUAAUUCCAAUGUUAUUUACAUGUAUUACAAUUGUUUUGAUUGGACAGAAAUAAAGCUGAACAAGAGUU